AUGGCGGACUUUCUCGCAGUGGCGGGCCUUGUCUACCCUAUUGCUAAAGACCUCGUCAAGUUUGCGAAGAAGUUAAAAAGGCUGUAUAAGCAAAUCCGAAACGCGAAAAACGAUCUAUUCAAAGUGAUAAAUAGAACGAUAACAGUGGCCCGAAAGUACGAAUUCUUCAGGGACACCAUGAAAGUUGCGAGGGGAAUUCAAGAGCUAGCGCCCACUUUCAAACGACAUCAAGAGCUUAUAGGAAGUAUUGACGAGGAAUCGACACGAACCAUUAGAAGGUUGAAACAAAUUACCGGCAAGUUCCGCACUCUCAUAGAUGGUGAGCCUGUCAGUACGGUCGAAAGAUGGAUCGCACAGUUUGAAUGGUCUCAAGAGAGCAAGAAAACUGUUCCCUCUCUUUUUCAGGAUAUGGAGGUACUAGAGGGUUCUAUGACAACAAUUGGAACCCUGAUGCAUAUUCAGUUGAUUUCCCAAACCCACCAAAGGAAUGGAUCGGAUGUAGUCGGCGCACAAAUUGAAUCUUUCAAGAAAAUGCUGAGUAUCGAAUUCGACAAGCUUGAGCAAGCUCAACGGGCACAAAGGAAGCUCAUGAUACACCAACAAAGUUCGUCGAGUGAACAUCUCGAGGCCAAGAAGUUUGCCGAAGAGAUAAUGCAGAUUUUGAAAGAGGAGGUUCCUCCUCUACUGCAAAACCACCAGCCUGCUGAGAGCCAGUCCAUGUCUGAUUCGCGGUCACCGCCAACCUCGAUAUCAAGCGAGCCCUCGCCCAUUACAACCCCCUCAUCCUCUCCCCCUAGCAGCCCUGGGAGCCAGAUGUCUGUCAUCAAGCUGCAGCAGAACGAGGAUGUCUCAUCACACAGGAGGCGUAUUUCGCGGAAAAGAAGAACCCAGUCAGCCCCUUCACGAAUCCCUUCGAGACCGUCGCCCACUUCUCUGUCUCUAAGUGACGCAGAAUCCGACAACCAUGAUAGGAAAGGCGCUGAGCCGGAAAUGCACGAUCAAAACGCAGGUCAUGGCCAGGCAGGGGCGUAUAUGCAGCUGCCACCUUUCGGACCACCAAAACUGGUUUCUCGCACGUCCACUACUCGAAGACGGCGGAACAACAGCAGAAUAUCUGAAUAUGGCGAUGGAGGUGAGGUUACUGAUACUCAUAGAACGGGCAGUAUUGGUCUGCCAUCAGGGAGGUGGAAAGGGAAAUCGAGGCCGGAUCAGUAGAUAAACGUCGAGCCAUGAGAUGGGAAUAAGCUUCUGCGUCUGUCAAAGUAAAUGUCCCCCUAAGAUCAAUCAUUGCAAAUGAAAAAAAACAUACAAC